AUGCCCGUCGUGACGCCAGAAAAGCUGGCAAGCCUGCAAAGGCAAUCAAGGGACAUUAGAAAUAUCUGCAUCUUGGCUCAUGUUGAUCAUGGCAAAACCUCACUCACAGAUGCCCUGCUCGCCACAAAUGGUAUCAUCUCGCCAAAACUCGCCGGCAAGAUUCGAUACCUCGACUCACGGCCAGACGAACAGCUUCGAGGCAUCACCAUGGAGUCAUCGGCCAUCUCAUUAUACUUUUCCAUGCUAAGGAGAGCUGCGCCUGAAGCCGCGCCCGAGGCUAAGGAGUAUCUUAUCAACCUGAUCGAUUCACCUGGUCAUAUUGACUUUAGCAGCGAGGUGUCCACCGCGUCACGACUUUGCGAUGGUGCCGUGGUUCUGGUAGAUGCAGUUGAAGGGGUUUGCAGCCAAACGGUCACAGUCCUGCGACAAACCUGGACAGAAAAACUGAAGCCGUUGCUGGUUAUCAACAAGAUGGACCGGCUGGUUACAGAGCUGAAGAUGACCCCUGCCGAAGCCUACGUGCAUAUUAGCAAGCUUCUGGAGCAAGUCAACGCCGUCCUGGGGAGCUUUUUCCAAGGGGAGCGCAUGGAAGAAGAUCUCAACUGGAGGGAGAGGAUGGAGGAGCGGGUGAAUGCAGCAGUGGCGGCCAAAGCAUCCGCAGACGAGGACUUUUCUUCAGACGCUGGGGAGCUGCAAUUCGAGGAGCGUGACGAUGAAGACAUCUACUUUGCUCCGGAAAAGAACAAUGUCAUCUUUAGUAGUGCCACUGACGGCUGGGCAUUUACUUGUCGGCAAUUUGCUAGUUUAUAUGAGAAGAAACUCGGCAUCAAGCGUGGAUUGAUGGAAAAAGUCUUAUGGGGCAACUUCUACCUCGAUCCAAAGACCAAAAAAAUCCUGGGCCAGAAACACCUGAAGGGCCGAAAUCUCAAGCCCAUGUUUGUCCAGCUGGUUCUGGAGCCCGUGUGGACAGUCUACCAGGCAACAUGCGGCGGUGACAAUGGCAAGGUGGACCCGUCUCUACUGGAAAAAGUCACCAAAUCUUUGAGCCUGACUAUUUCACCGCACGUCAUCCGAGCACGGGAUCCGAGAUUACUACUAACAACGGUAUUUGCCUCGUGGCUACCUCUAUCCACGGCACUGCUCGUCUCUGUUGUCGAGUCUUUGCCGUCACCACCUGCUGCGCAGGCCGAGCGAGUCCCGGAUCUCAUCGAGCAGUCGCCGGGCUCAGGGGCUGUCGACAGGUCCAUAAAGGAGGCAAUGGUGUCGUUUAAACGCGAAAAGUCGGACCCCGUGGUUGCCUACGUCAGCAAAAUGGUCUCCGUACCGGAGAGCGAGCUGCCUGAAAACAAGCGAAAGCCGGGACAGAUGAGCGGCGAGGAGGCCAGAGAUAUGGCACGCAAGAAGCGAGCCGAAGCUGCCAGGGCAGCGCAAGAGGCAAAUGGAGACGCAUUGGAUGGCCUUACUCAGGCCCUUGACGGCGCUCACAUCAACGACGAUGAACCGGGAGAACACAGGGCAGACCCCGAACACUUGAUUGGGUUCGCACGAAUCUACUCUGGAACGCUAUCAGUUGGCGACAAGUUAUACGUUAUUCCCCCAAAGUGGUCACCAGCAGAGCCAAAAGCAGAGCCACAGCCACAAGAGAUUACAGUCACGGCGCUAUACAUGCUCAUGGGAAGGAACUUGGAGGCACUGGAAUCAGUACCUGCGGGCGUCGUCUUCGGCAUCGGUGGCUUGGAGGGCAAAAUUCUCAAGUCGGGGACUCUUUGCAGCAAGCUCGAGGGCGCCGUCAACCUGGCUGGCGUCAGCAUGGCCGGAAAGCCCAUUGUGCGAGUGGCCCUGGAGCCGGUGAACCCGGCCGAUCUGGACAAGAUGAUACACGGUCUCGGGCUCCUGGUGCAAAGCGACCCGUGUGCAGAGUACGAGCAGUUUGGGAGCGGCGAGCACGUAUUACUGACCGCUGGCGAACUCCACCUGGAGCGGUGUCUCACCGAUCUCAAGGAGAGAUUUGCACGAUGUGACAUUCAGGCUGGAGAGCCCAUUGUUCCGUACAGGGAGACGAUUGUACGAGUGGACGAGAUGCGACCUCCCGUGAACAAGGACCUCGGCAGAGGCGCCGUGGUGGGGACUACGACGUCAAAACAAGUCACGAUAUCGCUACGGGUGCGACCUCUUCCCCCCGACGUCACGGAUUUCUUGCUCAAGAACGCCGACGCCAUCAAGCGCCUGUACACGGAAACCAAACCAGGCGAGAGCGGCGAGGAGCAGGAGCAGGAGCAGCCAGACGGCCAGGAGGACAAGAUUGUUGCCGACACGGCCGUGACCGCCGUCGACUCGCUCUCCAUCGACGAGCUCAGGAAGCAACUUCAGAAGCAGCUGGAGACGGGCAAAGGGCGAGACGUGUGGAAGAACCGAGUCGACAGCAUCGCCGCCUUUGGACCCAGGAGGACAGGCCCCAACCUGCUCAUCGACGCGACCAAGAACAGCAUUCUCCCCAAGGCAUUCGGGACCGAGGCCAGGGAAACCACACGGGCCCCUCGCGCCGGCGAAGCCCUCGACCCAAGUCACCUAUCGGACAAGAUUACAUACGCGUUCCAGCUGGCGACGGCGCACGGCCCGCUCUGCAACGAGCCGAUGCAAGGAGUCGCCGUCUUCAUCGAGGACGUGUCGCUCGACGGCGGCGGCGGCGAGGACGACGGCUCGGCGCGCGACAAGCUCAGCCGGCUGACGAGCGAGGUCAUCAAGACAUUCCAGGCGUCCCUGCGGGCGGGCUUCCUCGACUGGUCGCCGCGGCUCAUGCUCGCCAUGUACAGCGUGGAGAUCCAGGCGUCGACCGAGGUGCUCGGGCGGGUGUACGACGUGCUCACGCGGCGGCGCGGGCGGGUGGUGGCGGAGACGAUGAAGGAGGGGACGCCCUUCUUCACGGUGCGGGCGGUGCUCCCCGUGGCCGAGAGCUUCGGGUUCGCGGACGAGAUGCGCAAGAGGACCAGCGGCGCCGCGCAGCCGCAGCUCGUCUUUACGGGCUUCGAGGUCCUCGACCAGGACCCCUUCUGGGUGCCCUUCACCGAGGACGACCUCGAGGACCUGGGCGAGCUGGCCGACAGGGAGAACGUCGCCAAGAGGUACAUGGACAGAGUGAGGAGGAAGAAGGGCCUGCUGGUCGAGGGCAGGAACGUGGCCACCGACGCGGAGAAGCAGAGGACAAUGAAGCGGUAG